UGUGCAUUCAGGCACUAGGCUGCCCGAUCCACAAGCUGUGAGCCCAGAUCUCGCUUGUCAGUUUUGAGGAAUGUUGCUGGUACCUCAGGCAGCUGGAUCAAGGGGAACGGGCUGUGAAUCCUGAAUUCUCAGUGGCACGUCAAACUUAUAAGAGGCGGGUUCAGCAAGCGUCAAGUUUUGGGAAGGUGGCAUUUCAAAGCAUUUGGAGUCUGCCUCUCUGACCAACUUGGUUCACAUCAAGUUCCGAUUGGUAAUUGAUGCUGGAAUUUAGAACUCUCCUUACUAUUAAGAUUGUCCUGGCCACCCUGUCUUGCUGCAGAACUCUUCAGCCUUGCUUCCUUGUCACAGUGCAAUGGAUCCAAAGAAACAGCUUCUGCAGUCUGUGUUCUGUGUGUGGCUGACAGUUGUUCUCUCAUGUAUCAGGGCAGACCUGGCUCCUCACUUCACAACAGAACCCCUGUCCACAAUCCAGAAACUAGGGGGACGAGUUCAACUUCGCUGUGCUGCAGAGCCUGCCUGGGCGCGCAUUACAUGGCACAUCAACGGAAAGAAGUUAACCAACGAUGGACAGAAUGGAAUAGCGAUCCACUUUGGGUCAUUGACUAUCUCACAUCUACAGACGUCCCAUGUUGGGAGAUAUCUGUGUGUGGCAAGCAGUUCUGUCGGUGCAAUAGUGAGCAGACCUUCUUCCAUUACCAUUGCAAGUAUAAAUGAUUUCAAGACACCCAGCCAGCGAGUAGUUACAGUAGACGAAGGAAACACAGGCAUCAUUGAAUGUCAUUUACCUGACAGUAAACCUCGUGCAUUAAUCCGCUACCGUGUGAAGGGUAAAUGGUUCGAGCAAUCCACAGAUAACUACCUAAUUCUUCCUUCUGGAAACUUGCAUAUUCUGAACGUCACACAGGCGGACAAAGGAAGCUACAAGUGUGCAGCGUACAACCCAGUCACAAAUGAGAUGAAAAUGGAACCUACAGGACAUAAGCUGCUGAUUAGACGCCCUACAAACAGCUCUGCGCGUAUCAUUUUUCCUACAACUCCACAGAAUAUAACAGUGAUUCGGCAUAGCCCUCUGAUCCUAGAAUGCGUAGUAAGUGGCGUCCCCACCCCACAAGUCAGAUGGCUAAAAGAUGGUAGGGAACUGUCUAGCAACAAGAGGUGGAAACUCUUUCACAGUAACCUGGUUGUUGAUCAAAGCAAAACUUUGGAUGCUGGGAGUUACUUAUGUAUUGCUGAAAAUGGUAUGGGGGAGCCAGUGUCUGCAAAGUACACAGUUACUAUUCAUGAGCCUGCUACAGUUGUCAAAGGACUGCAGGAGCUGACACUCUCCACAGGAUCUACAGCACGUUUAGCUUGUGAUUAUCAUGGAAAUCCAUGGCCCAAUAUCACCUGGUAUCACAAUGCAGUCGCUAUUCAAACUGGCAUCCGACAUUUGGUCUCUGGAAACAGACUAAAGAUUAUGGGACUUGUUGCUGAAGAUGCUGGGAUGUAUCAGUGCGUGGUGGAAAAUAAGAUUGGUUCAACGCAGUCGUCAGCUAGGCUCAUAGUCCAAUCAGAUCAAGGCACAAAACCUGUGAUUACCUCCCCACCCACCAAUUUGAGAGUGACUGAAGGAGAGUUCGUUACAUUGACCUGCAAUGCUACUGGUCAGCCGACACCUAUCAUCCGCUGGUUUGAUCGGCACGGACUAAUCAGCAAUCACCCUUCCCAUAUUCUCCGGUCGAAAUCUCGGAAUGGUCAACUGUCUGGCAUGGGAAGUGCCAGUUCCAAUACACCUCACCUCACUAUGUCCAGGGCUGGAUCAAGUUCUCUUUACAUACGCAUUGCAUCAUUAGAAAGUUCUGGACUCUACAUUUGUGAAGCCUCCAACAAAAUGGGUUCAGUACAAGCAGAGGCCUUUCUGUCAGUUGUUCCCUUUGAAACAAAGGUCAGAGUUGAUGACCAAGAGCCCACACCAUCAGUGAGAAGUUCAGAUAUUGUUCAGGGUGAUGAAGGUGAUGAAACUAUCGACUAUGAUUAUGCCUAUGACACUAUGUCGCCAGAGCACCAGCCGACGAAAGAAUCCAUCUCCCCUGUGCCAACGCAAAAGACUCCACCCGAUGCUCCCAUCAUUCUCAGUGCUCCAUAUACUACCAACCCAGACAGCUAUGACUUAAUUUGGAGAGCAGGAAAAGAUGGUGGCUCACCCAUCAAUGCCUACUUCGUCAAAUAUCGCAAGCUUGACAAUCGUGGGAAUAUGUUGGGAAACUGGUACACAAUCCGAGUUCCAGGCAGUGAGAAUGAAUUGCAACUUGCCGAGCUUGAGCCUUCUAGUCUAUAUGAGGUAUUGAUGGUUGCACGAAGUGCUUCUGGUGAAGGACAGCCAGCCAUGCUGACAUUCCGAACUGGCAAAGGGCGAUCCUCCACCUCAAAGAAAAACUCUCGAACGUCAUCACAGCCCAUCGGAGUUCCCAAACAAACACCAGUUGAGGAUAAGACUAGCACUAAUUUUGGUGUGGUAAUCCAUGAUCCAGCACGACACAACAGAGUCCCUGAGGCACCAGACCGACCUACAAUCUCAACUGCCUCAGAAACCUCUGUGUAUGUGACUUGGAUUCCAAGAGCGAAUGGGGGCUCGCCCAUCACCUCCUUUAAUGUGGAAUACAAACGGAUAGGAAGGAACAGUGACUGGCUAGUAGCAGCAGACAGCAUCUCUCCAUCCAAACUCUCAGUGGAAGUCCGUGGUCUUGAACCAGGUGCUGCAUACAAAUUUCGUGUGAUUGCCAUUAAUGCCUAUGGUGAAAGUCCCAGAAGUGCUGCCUCACGACCAUAUCAAGUGGCAGGAUUCAGCAAUCCGUUUUCAGCACGUCCAAUCGCAGGUCCUCACAUUGCUUAUACUGAAGCUAUAACCGACACCCAGAUCAUGCUGAAAUGGACGUAUAUUCCAUCCAGUAACAACAACACUCCCAUCCAAGGAUUUUAUAUCUAUUACCGGCCAACCGACAGUGACAAUGACAGUGACUACAAGCGAGAUGUAGUUGAAGGGAACAAACAAUGGCAUCUCAUCCGACAUCUGCAGCCUGAAACCUCGUAUGAUAUCAAGAUGCAGUGUUUUAAUGAAGGUGGAGAGAGUGAAUUUAGCAAUGUCAUGAUCUGUGAGACCAAAGCACGGAGAUCCCUUGAAUCUUCUGAAUACUCUGUGGUGAUGGACAACGACAUAAGUACGCAACCUAAUCUCCCUGACCACCACGGUGGUGGUCAUGGGACAUCCACUUCUGGCACACGGAGCAAUGAUAUGUUGUACCUGAUUGUGGGCUCAGUGCUGGGGAUCAUGGUUCUCAUCCUCAUUAUUUUCAUUGCUAUGUGUUUGUGGAAGAAUCGUCAACAGACAACACUACAGAAGUACGAUCCACCUAACUACCUCUAUCAAGGCCAAGAGAUGAAUGGCCAGCUAAUGGAGUAUACCACCUUGCCUGGCACCAGUCGAAUUAAUGGAAGUAUUCAUGGCAGUUACAUUGGUAACGGAAGCCUCAGCAAUGGCUGCCCACACCUGCACCACAAUAUCUCAAAUGGAGUGAAUGGAUUGAUGAAUGGAGGAACUUCAAUGUACCCUAACCAGACAAACUCACUGCAGAGAACCCACAUGGACUAUGACCAAGCUCACCAUAUUAUGAAUGGUGGUGGGAUAUACACUGCACUCCCACAGACAGAACCAACAGAAUGCAUCAACUGUCGCAACUGCAGGAAUAACAACAGCAGAUGUUUCACGAAAACCAAUGGCACUUUUCCAAGCGAUAGUUUACCCAUGAUUCAGCGGACUCCAGCCUGCCAUCAAGAUGGUAUGGAGAUGUUGCCUCUAAAUCAUAUCAUUGCUCCAUUGUGCCCUGGAUCUAUUGUCACUGAAAAUAAUGAAGAGGCAGAGUGUGAGAGUACAAAGGAAAGUUCCCAACAAACUCCUCCUCAAGCCUCCUGCUGCAGUGAUCAUCUGGACCAAUUGUGUGAAGACAAUAUACAAGAUGAUGAAUAUCCUGAAUUGGAAACUGAGAACCAAACACUAAGUGGCAUUUUUCCUCCUCUUGACUCUGCUCCAAUAGACUGUGAUAAUCCAACAGCCUGGAGUGGAACACAACCUGCUGAAGACAACCUCUGCGAGGACUCGACAGAAGAACAACUACAGGAAACCUAAGAGGCCCGUUCCCUGUUUGCCUGAAGCCAGUAACUGCAGCCAGUCACUGGAAGGACCGAGGAGGGAUCAAAAAAUACUAUUUAUUUUUUUGUAGUAGUAAAAUAUUACUCCAUAUGAAUGUAUCUGGUUUAAAGAUGUCUUCACCCUUUUUAAUUAUUUAUGCUUUCUGAAGAGAUAUUCCUUCUCUGCAGAAUGUGGAGUUUUAGCCUUGUUUUGUAUAAAGUUUUGUAAUAAUAUAAAAAGCUAUAGAAAUUGUUAAUUAAUGUCAGAUCAUGCCUAUCUGGUGGAAUGAGAAGCACUUGUAAGGAGGACAUUUUAAGAUUCAAUACCUAGACGAAGAUGGAGGGAGCUGAUCCCUGAAAGAAUCCAUCCAACGGGUAAUGCAACCGGACAGUCUGGUUGCAAUGGAACCUUAAUAUGAUGCAUGGAAUACAAAGUUACCAAGGUGUUGUAAUGAGGCUUGUGAAAGAAUUUCUUUAAACUUAAUCCAUUUACAUGGACCAGCUUGAUUUCAGUCAGGUUGAAAGCUCAUAUCGCCGUCCUCAUUGUAACCAUGGAUCUACUACCAAUUUUUUUUUUAAUCAAUUGCAAUAUUAUGUUCAGAUCAGACAGUGCUUCACCACAAUGAGUUUCUAUCAUUUAACACCAUCUCAGGUUAGGACAAGAUCUAUUGCAAUAUGCCCUACUCCUUUCUAACCUUGGUGCUUGCUGAUCUGACUGAAAUCAGGCAAGUUCGCUGCUUACGCCAUUGUGGAAGACAACAUUUCCAGCUAGUACUUUUCUUGGUAGUUUCAAUCAACAACAGUAGAAACUCACAUAGUUGAAACAAGCAAUGUGUUGUCUUAUCUUCUCAAUUCCUAAAGACAAUAAUGUGCAUUUUUGGCAGCUGGAGUUUCAGUGCUGAAUUUGCAUCCUGGGAAAGCAAGCAACACUGCAAAGCAAAACAUUUGAUGUCCAUGUUGGUGGAGGUACAGAGAUUCACCAGUUUUUGUUCAUGCAAAGAAAGCAGAUGGCCAGCAGGCCCAACUGCACCAACUAACCAAACCAACUGCUACCAUUGUAAUGUUUUGUUUUGGGAGUGUGACCAAGGUUUAUGUUCAAUUGCCAGGUGAAUGCACUUUUUGGAUGCAUUUUACCCACCUGAUACAGCAUUAACUUUAAUUAAUUGAGGGAAAAUGAAGUUUCAUUGAAACUAUUUGUAUUUGGUUGACAUUGCAGCCUUAUUAAUGUAUUGCAGGUUGACUCUCUUGGCAUUGCAGUGUGCAAACCAUUUUCUGGUUUCCUUAAUGAUAGUUACCGUAUAUUGUACUUAUUGUGACGUGAAGUUGUUUGUUAAUAAUGUGUUCAGUUUUCAGGCAUCUUCUGUCCCAUUCUGUUUGUAUUAGCUUUGAGCCUGGGUAUUGCUGAACAAAGGAGAACCAUUGGAGUUCCAGCAUGUGUGCCGUCAAUUUCUGCAAUUUGUUUAUUGGUACUAGGGGAAGCAGCAAAGAAAGAGAAUUUAUGAUUCCGCCUGUUUCCAUUCAGUGUUUGUGUUACCAUUCCACUGCCAUCAACAUUUCUCCCUCUAAUCAGUCUCAUUUUUCGAUGCUGCCAUUGGGUACAAAAUUUCCCAUAUCGUUUAUCAUUUCAUCUUUAUUUGAUAUAAUACACAACACUAUGAGCAUUGUUCCCACAAGUGAUAAUGGACAUCUUUAAUGUUCGUUGUCAAAUUAAUUGGGAAAAUACCUCAGUUGCACCACCAUGGUGACGAGCAAGCUGGAAAAAAAGUAAAAGAACUGGUGACUGUGAAAGGUGGCUUUUUAUUCCAACAGAAGCAGAAUCCCAGGCUUAGAAUGGUGGGUAGAUGAUAUGAGGGAGUUGAAUGGUUGGUUAUGCUACUAAUGGUCUAAUGGUUAUGGCAUGAAAACUGAUUAUUGCAUGAUUCUUACAGUAAAUGGUCAAAAAACAAAGUAUAUGUAUGAAUAAGCAAAAUCUAUUUGGUGUAAAUAGGAUGCUCCAAGCUGCUAGUACGGUUACUAUAAUUUACUGGCUGCUGAAACUAAUUUUCUACUACCUUUGAGUGAAAACAUGGUGUUGAAUUAUUGCUGUAGAUGCAGGUUCGAGGAUAUCCAGUAAUGUUCAGAAGUCUGAAUGACAGAGUGAAACGAGGAUAUGGUCUCCAGUUCUGUGUUUUGAAGAAAAAAAGCAGGUGGCUAAUGCUUUAAGUGAGAUCCUGCAUUAGGAAUUAGCCAGUCCCUCUGCUUUUUCUCGAUGCCGCCAUAUCGCUGUGUAUAUGCAGUGCUUCCUAGGUUUUACCAUUUCUGCUCUUUUUAAGAAUCUGUAACCACCGUGCUUGUGUGUACAUAAGCAUAAUACAGGACUAAGACACUAAAAAAUGAGAGUGAACACAACGGAGGGGUUGGAUACCUCAAAACACUUAUCAGGCAUGGCCCCUAAAUGUUGCACAUCAUGUGUGAAUUUGGUGGGGUUUUGUUUUUGCUUUUUAAAUUCUUUAAUUUCAACACUCCCAUGCAAAAUCACUAAUGGCUGCAUUUUCAAGUAGCAUUGCAAUCUGACAGUCCCAUGAACAAUGCAGAGGUGCCCCAAUUAGCCAGUGACUAAAUUGCAAAAAGAAUGGCAAAUCAAUAUCAUUUAAAUUGGUAAACUCACUCCACACAGUGAUGCCAGCAAACGCAUUUGCUCACAUGAGAACUUUGGGAAUUGGUGCAUUAUCAAUUAUGCAGCUUGUAGAAAGAUUAUUCAAUUUUUGCUUAAAUCACAAAAGAAUAUCUAUCCCUGCAAAGGGCUUUUAAAGUGACCUUAAUCCUGCAGGCUAGGAGGGUCAAGGAUCAGAUGAUCAUUAUAACAUUCCCCAUGCCAAAAUAUUUUUGUAUGCCGGUUACUUCAUUUGUUAAAUUCCUGUCUGUGGAAUAUUUUAAAUAAGAUAACUGUUGAUACUAUACCAUACAGAUGUUUAUGGCAGAGGAAAUGAAAGGGUAUUGUUUUUCCUAUUUAGUCAUGGUGCUGAGCCUCACCUGCUAGGGCUUUAGUCAGGAAAUCUCUCAGCCCACAACUCUGUGUCCACUGUAACAAUAGAAGAGCAACAGUUGGCCCAGCUGCUCAGAGAGGAACAGAUUCUGUCAGGGUUUGUACUCCUGAUCCAAUGAGCUCUUCUGGGGAAUCUGGGGUCUAAGGAUGUUUCUUGAUUGUCAAACUGAAUUCAUCCUGUCAUAAUUUUUAUUAGGAUCCCAUUGACUGAAAGCCGUGGGCUGGGUGCAGUUUCUUGAAUUGUGCCCUGACUGUGAGGUUCCAUGCUGAGGGCAUCUAAUGGUGAAAUAUUACCUCCAGCCUCUACAACAUGCCGCAUUGUGUCCCUAUAUCUUUGUCCCUAGUACCGAUUGUUUCAUGAGAAAUUAAACUGGCUGAAAUUUUCUAUAUUUUGUACUCUUGCCUGUCACCCUCUAUCGAAAACAAAUAGUGCUGUCUUUUUUAAUGCAUGUUUUUGUAUUAUAUAGAAAAUAUGCUAUAUUUUCAUAAAUGGUUGUAAUAUUCUUGUUGAAAUUGUACAUAUUUUUAAAUAUGAUAGCUCAAUGAGAUGUUGUUUGUAAGAUACUGUUAAUAUUAAAAGAUGAUACUGUUGCCUUCACUUGCUAUGGGUCGUAGUGCUGCAGCAGUACCAUAUAGCACCCAGAA